UGGGCGGGGUCAGCGGUGGGGGCGUUCCCGCUUUGGUUGCUGAGAUCCGGGAAGAUCCCGCCGCCACCCGCGCGGGAGCUGGUGGAAUAGCAUGGGUUGGUCUCAGCGUUUGUUCGGCGUCCUGCGGAGAGCACUGUCCAAGGAAGUGAAAGAGCAAGUGGGCACAGACCGGUUCGGGAACAAAUACUAUUAUAUCCCGGAGUACAAGAAUUGGAGAGGACAAACUAUUCGAGAGAAAAGAAUUGUAGAAGCAGCAAAUAAAAGAGAAAUAGACUAUGAAGUGGGGGAUAUCCCAACAGAAUGGGAAGCUUGGAUCAGAAAAACAAGAAAGACUCCGCCUACUAUGGAGGCAAGCAGCAACUGGAUCCUAGUUUGUCAACCCCUGCUGUCGAUCGGUGGAUUUGAAAUUGGGGUACCUGUGCCCGGGGUACACAGAGACUUCCUGUGGGAUAUACAGGAAAUUAUGAAGAAUGAAAAAUGCAGAGAAGAAAUUCAAAUGAAAAGCCAAGAUUUUUAUGAAAAAGAAAAGCUUCUUCAGGAGGGGAGCAACAAGGAACUUCCUCCACCAGUUCAAACUCAGAUUAAAGGGCAUGCCUCUGCUCCAUACUUUGGAAAAGACGAACCCUCAGUGACUCCCACCAGCACUGGCAAAACCUUUCAGCCAGGAUCCUGGAUGCCGCAAGAUGACAAGGGCCACAGUCAAUGAAUGUACUGUGGUAAAGUUUUAUUUAUAUGUAUGUGACUAUUUUAACGAAUAAAAGUAAAAAGUUA